AUGGUCCGCCCGACGAAGCGCAAGAUCCGGAAGGCCAGCGGCAAGGCCAAGACCCAGGCCCCGCAGAAUGCCGCCCAUGCCGAUAUCCGGAAAAAGAUCCACAGCCGGCAGGCGGCCACGGCGCAGGAGCGUCGCUUGGUGGCGCUGGCCAUGUCUGUCUCGAGUUCGGCCGGCGUGGACCUGUCUGCUGUGCAGCUGGACCCCAUGCUCUCGCCUCUGCCUUUUCUCCGAAAGCUGACCAUUCUUCGUGGUGCCUCGCCUUGCCUCUUCUCCCGGCUGCGGCAGCUUUCCUCGACCAACCCGAUCGAGCGCGAGUGGUCCUGUAUCUGCAUCGCUCGUUUCAUCUCGGACGCCGAGAAGCGUGAUCUCCUGCUGAGCAACAAUGUCGUCGGCCUGGUUCUGGAUCGCCUGUCUGACAAGGCCUUCCGUGUCCAGGCAGCUGCCACCGGCGCCCUUCGGAACAUCCUCCUCGAGGACGACCCGCGCAUUGUGGCGGCCCUGUCGCGCCUGGACGUGGUCCGCAACUCGCUGAUCCCCUGCCUGCUGACGGCGGUGGAGAACAUCGCCAAUCAGCAGAGCCGCAUGUCGGAGUCCGCCCCGGCUGACACCCCGGUGGCUGACACCCCGACCGAGGCCGCGGCCAUGGGCGCCGAGGCCGCCGCCGCUGCGGUCCUGGCCGCCGAUGAGGCGGACCUCCCCUCUACCAAGGCCGCCGACUCGCGCAAUGCCGUCUCCGAGGCUCUGGCUUUCCUGCACAGCACCAUGGAGAAUGCUCUCUGUAUUUUCUGGUCCCUCUGUGAGGUCUCCCCCACCGUCGUGGAGCACCUCACCCAAGACAAUGCCUUCCUGAAUGCCGUGCACCGGGUGUUCGCCGCGUCGGCAUCCUACAGCCCGGCCGUGGUCCUGGCCGGGGCGCAGCUCCUGCUCGUCCUGUCGGAGGACAACCCCGCGCUGGCAGCCAAGGUGGCCGCCAACCAGCCCUUCGGGGCGUCGCUGCUGGCACUGCUGGACCCGGCGUCCGAGCAGCAUGCCAUUUGGCGCGCGCGUGUCACCCCGGGCAUCGGGCACCUGACGCAGGCGGUUGUGUGUGGCGGUGUGCUGCAGAUCCUCCAGAGCGCCGGCCCGUCGGCCAAUCCUCCCCUCGGGCCGAGUGCCGGGUCCGGAGCCGUGACGACGCUCCUGCAGCUGCUGGCCGUGCCGGUGCCGCUGGAGAUCCGCCCGGCUGACGGUCGGGCGGAUCCCACCUCCUUCGGCCCGAGCCGGCCCAUCCUGGCCGCCCAGAAGCUGGCUCUGGAGAUCCUCAGCUCCGCAUGCAUGGUCGGGCAGGUGGAGGCUCCGGCCGAGGGUGCUGGCCGCCGGGUCCCCCCGGCCGGGAGCCCGCACGAGCUGGCCCUGCUGCUCGAGGGGUCGCCCCUGCUGGCGGCUUUGCUGGGCCUGUGCGCCCCGCCGGCCGAGGACCUGGUUGUUGCCAUCCAGCGGACGGUGGACUGGGCGCGCGAGCUGGAGGCCGCCCCGGUUGUCAGUGAGCAGUCGGCCGACGCCACCGAGCCGGCUGCCGAGCAGGAGAUCGAUGCGCGCAAUGCCGCCGCCGGGGUUGUCAUGAGCCUGCUCUUCCUGCGGCAGGAGCGCGCCCUGCAGGCAUUUGGCGCUCUGGUCGAGAGCGGCCUUUCUCUGGCGGUGCUGGCCCCGGGUGGCGUGGAGGACCGUGUUGCCGGGCUGCUGCAGCUCCUGCGCGGUGCGGCCUCGGGGGUUGCGGCCGCCGGGCCGGGCGACGACCUGCGCCACAGCAAUGAGCUGCUGGAGGCGGCGUUGGUUGGCUUGUCCGCGGUUCUUCGGCGGCUGGAAGCCACCGGCGACCUGGCGGUCCUGGUGGCCGACCCGCCGGCCAGCGAUCUGGCCCUGCUUUGCGAGCUGGUGGCCUCGUUCUCCGGGACUCCGCAGCAUGAGGCCCUCAGUUGCCUGGGCCUGAAUGUCAUCGGCCUGCUGGCUCGCUGUGUGCGCACCGACAAGAAUGCCGUGGCGAAUGUUGCCAAGUUCCUUGGGGACGUGCUGGCGCGCCUGCCACGCGAGGAGUCGCCCGACCGGGACCUGGUUGUUCUGGCCGAGGCCAUCAAUGCGGUGAUCGACCUCUUCGCCGAGCCGACGCAUGAUGAUGUCUUCACCGGCCUCGGCGUUCUGGCCGAGCUUCAGAAACUCGCCGGCAAGGUGUCCCCCAAGCCGGCGCUCCUGCGCAACCUCAGCGACAUGGAGACCGAGCGGUUCCUUGAAUGUUACGAGAAUCUGGUGGCCUUCGUUCAGUACAAGAUGGGCUAA